CUUCCAAAAAAUCAACACUUCACCAAAGCGGACCGAUCCGCGUUUGUUUGUAGCUGUCGGUGUGCGCUUUGCUUGUGUUUACACUCUGCUUUGUGACACGGGACAGUGUGAACACAGUAGACCAUAAGAUUUAAGCAGCACUGGCUUUGUAAAGUUUUCCUGACAGCUCUAUCUAUCUCGGGUCUGUAGAGCACACUCCCCAUCUCCCCAGUGGAUUUAAUCGUAUUGCAGGAAGUCCCUCACGUCCUCUCUGCCUGCGCUGUGUGUGUGUGUGUGUUUGUGUUUUUGUGUCGGUAUAUUAUGAAGAUCUCAUCAUAAGGAGCCGGGCAUUAUGAGGAUCGACCGGCGCAUGGAGAACUGGUGCCUCACGAGCGGACUGCGCGCUCUUGUGCUGCUGAUAGUGGGACUAACAGCUGACAUCUCCACUCAUCACUCACCCGACGGGAGGCAACUAAAAAGUGUGCUCAACAAACUGGAACACUACCACACCAUGGUACCGUUAUUGCUGGAAGGAAGAGAGCAGCGACCAAUCAGCUGGCUCCACUCCAGGACGCCUCCUGCUUCGCUGCGCAUCCUGAUCCAAGCAGAAGGACAACAGCUGAUUUUAUCUGUGGAAAAGAACCACGGCCUGUUCGCCAGCAAUUACACUGAAACGCAUUAUAGGGAAGAUGGACAAACUGUAAUGGGCACUCACAACUCUAUGAUGAAUUGCUAUUACCAUGGUGAAGUCCAAGGAUACUCUCACUCUGAUGUCAGCCUCAGUACAUGCUCUGGUAUCAGAGGGUUCAUCUUACUUGAAAAUAAAACACUGAUGGUGGAGCCAGCUUUUGAGCCAGCAAAUGACACGCAUGUGAUUUAUGAAGGGCAUCACCUACACUUCCCCUCUGGAACCUGUGGACACGGACACAACAUAUCGACUGGCAGCCAUAUGAGCACUGGAGGACUGCCACAAUCAUUCAGCACAAGGCAUAAACGGGAUGUUCAGAAGACCACCAAAUACGUGGAGCUCAUCAUUGUAGCAGACAACAGAGAGUUCCAGAAACAAGGAAAAGAUGUGGAGAAGGUUAAGCAAAGGCUAGCCGAAAUCGCCAAUUACGUGGACAAGUUUUACAGAGUGUUGAACAUCCGUGUAGCUCUGGUGGGACUGGAGGUGUGGAGUGAUGCUGAUAAGUGUGCAGUCACCCAAGACCCCUUCACAACGCUUCAUGAGUUUUUGGACUGGAGAAAACUUAAACUGUUGCCACAGCGGCCACAUGAUAACGCCCAGCUUAUUAGUGGGGUGUACUUCCAGGGCACCACAAUAGGCAUGGCUCCCAUCAUGAGUAUGUGUACCGCUGAGCAGUCAGGAGGCAUUGUCAUGGACCACUCAGACAAUCCUCUGGGAGCUGCUGUGACUUUGGCUCAUGAGUUGGGCCAUAACUUUGGUAUGAACCACGACACACCAGAGCGAGGAUGCGGCUGUACGAUGACUGUAGAUCGUGGCGGCUGCAUCAUGACUCCUUCUACAGGGUACCCAUUCCCCACAGUGUUCAGUACGUGUAGUAAGAAGGAUCUGUGGGCUAGUCUGGAGAAGGGGGUGGGCAUGUGUUUGUAUAAUAUGCCUGAAGUCAAAAUGCUCUACGGGGGACAGAAAUGUGGCAACGGAUACAUUGAGGAAGGAGAGGAGUGUGACUGCGGAGAGCUGGAGGAGUGUCUGAAUCCCUGCUGUAACGCUACAACCUGCACUCUCAAGGGAGAUGCUGUGUGUGCCCAUGGACAGUGCUGUCAUGACUGCCAGUUAAAACCAGCUGGGACUCCUUGUAGAGAGUCCAGUAACUCCUGUGACUUACCUGAGUUCUGCACCGGAACAAACCCCCACUGCCCUGCCAAUGUGUACCUGCACGAUGGACAUGCGUGCCACAAUAUGGAUGGUUACUGCUACAACGGCAUCUGUCAGACUCAUGAGCAGCAAUGCAUCACUCUGUGGGGACCAGGAGCGAAACCUGCCCCAGGAAUCUGUUUUGAAAGAGUAAACUCUGCAGGUGACCCCUAUGGAAAUUGUGGAAAAGACUCCAAAGGUUCCUUUGCUAAAUGUCAAGCAAGGUUGAACUUCCGGUAACCUUAUGAUGGAUGGGCGGAACUUUCCGACUUCAAGGGUU